UCAUUUUUUUUGUACAGGCCGCUCCCUCCACGGCAAGCGCUCUCUAAACCACACGCACCAUGGAGGACUGGGCUCCUGCGCCAGACCUACUACAAAAAAUCCUCUACCUCACCAACGUAGCGAGGUCUCCUGUUCAACAGCACAUACAAGAAGCCAUCACUAAACUGAACGAAUACAGCUCCUGGCCAGACGUCAACAACUACUUCUGCUUCAUCUUCGUCCACCUCCAAAAUGAACCCGAAGUCACUCGCACCAUGGCGGGCAUCAUCCUGAAGCGAAACAUCCAACAAUACUGGAACAACAUCCCCGACGCCAGCAAAACCUACAUCAAACGACACGUCCCAAGUCUCAUCGGCAACCCCAGCGGCGCCCUCAGAGAAAUUGCCGGAAACGUCAUCACCACCAUCCUCAGUCACAUCAGCAUCAGUCAAUGGACCCAAAUCAUCGACCUGCUCAACCAGUCUCUAGAAGGUGACGACCAAGUCCUCCUCCAAGGCGCCUUCUCCACGCUGGAUCGCAUCUUCGAAGACCACUGCAACGAACUCGCCAACGACCCCGUCAACAGACCGCUGGACGGCAUCGUCCCAAAACUCAUCUACCUCUGCUCCAACCCCGACAACAACAUCAAAUUCUUCUCCCUCAGAUGCAUCCUCCACCUUCUCCCCAUCGCUCCCCCCGUCCUCAUGGUCGUCAUCAACGACUACCUAAAGGUGCUCUUCGCGCUCGCUGAGAGGCCGCCCAACGUGCGCAUACUCGACGUCAUCUGUCGCUCCUUCUCCUCUCUCGUCUUCAGCAGGAUACCCGCCAUCUCGCCGCACAUGGACAACAUCAUCGUCUACAUGAUAAACAUGACCGCCUCUUCCGACUCGAGCAUCGCGCUGGUCGCGUCCGACUUCUGGACGACUGUGGCAGACGCGGAGUUCUGCCACCACACGCUGCAGAACCACCUCCAGUCCCUGCUGCCUGUGCUGCUUCGAGGACUGAGGUACUCGCCCGAGGAGCUGCAAGAGCUAGAGGAGACCCAGGUGAUAGGACCCGAGGGACUAGAAAGCGCGAACCCUAGCUAUGGCAAACAAGACGACAAGAGGUCAGAUGACACUUUUGGACCAUCUCAAUGGUCCUUGAGGAAGUCCUGCGGGCAGGCGCUCGACUAUCUCUCUCACUGCUGCUUCGACGCGGACCUGCUGUGCAUACUACUUCCUCUCUGCCAAAGGGGUCUGUCGAGCGACGACUGGCUCGAUAGAGAAGCAAGCAUUCUGGCGCUCGGUGCCGUGUCGGACGCUGUCCUCAGCACAUAUGAACAUAUCCUUCCGGAGUUGAUCCCAAUGUUCCUGCAGCUGGUGGACGACCGCCAUCCGCUCAUCAGGAGCAUCUCUUGCUGGUCGCUAUCCAGGUACGCCCCCUGGAUCACGGACCCGAGCAACUCGGCGGAAUUUCUUCAACCGGUCGUCCUGGUUCUGCUCAACCACGUCCUCGAAAUGACCCACAAACAAGUCAUGGAGGCGGCCUGUUCCGCCCUCUCCGUACUAUGCGACGAGGCUCAAGAAGCCAUGGCGCCGUUCGCCGAGUCCAUGAUCCAAACCUACAAAAAGGCGUAUCCUCUCCUUCACCGCAGAGGACUAAUCGUCCUGUAUGACUCUAUCGGAUCUCUGGCGGAAGCCGUUAAAGAACGCAUGAACCAACCUGUCAUCAUAGAUACGCUCAUGCCACCUCUUAUCGACCAAUGGAACAUCCUCUCCGAUGACGACCCUGACCUCGUUCCUCUUAUCGACUGCAUAUCCCGCGUGGCGACUGGCCUUGGCCCCGGAUUCGCUCAGUUCGCCGAACCCGUCUUUCAACGCGGGUACCGCGUCGCUCACCAAAUCGUCCUCCAACAAUGCUCCAACCAAGAAGAAAUCCAAAAAUGCACCGAUCCAGACCUCAACCUCCUCGUGAGCGUCAUCGAACUCAUGGGCUCUAUCGUGGGCUCCCUCGGCAGCAGCUCUGCCGACCUCGUCUCCAAAACCAACCUCAACCAACUCCUAAUUCAGGUCUGUAGAUACUCCCUUUACCAAGUCAACAGAGCCGCCUUCAUGCUCAUCGGCGAACUCUCCAAGCACUCCAUCGUUCACCUCAUGCCUGUCCUCAGCGAUAUCAUCCCCAUCCUCGUUAACAACGUCCGCGUCUCCCUUCACAUCAGCGUCUCCAACAACGCUCUCUGGGCCCUCGGUGAAAUCUCUCUGACGGCUCCGGACCAACUCAGACCUUGGGCGUCCGAAAUCGUCACUCGGUCUACCAGAAUUUUGGAAAACUCCGUCCUUCACCGCAACGUCCAUCAAAACGCUGCCAUCCUCCUCGGCAGACUUGCACUCAGCUUCUCCGCCCUCCUCGCCGAGCGCAUCGAACACCUCGCCAAGCCCUGGUGCAUAGUCCUUCGCGACCUCGACGACAACCAAGAAAAAGAAAGCGCCUUCGCCGGGCUCCUUAACGUUGUCAACGCCAACCCCGCCGCUUUCCUCAAGGACUUCAACUACUUUGUUGGCGCCUGCACUUCCUGGGUCAAUCACUGCGAUGCUAUCAAGCACUCUAUCUCUGCCGUUAUGCGCGACUACAAACAACAACUCGGACCCGAAAACUGGACGCAACUCUGGAACACACUAGACAGCGCUUCUCAAAACACCCUCGUCAACGAUUAUGGCGUCUAAAAUUUCUCGGUCAAUGAGAAUUAAUGAAAACUCUUUUUUUUUCUCUCUCUCGGUUUUUAAUGAAAACAA